UGCGCGCUCGUGUUUUGGAUGCAGGCCGAAAAGAUGGCGGACCGUUGUUUUCAAGAUCGCUCGCGUUCACGGUACGUCGGCGGAAUACGACGUGGAAGCACGGCACGACUUUGAGGGGAUCCCGAUUCGACUCGACAUGCCGGGCGCGCGGUAAUCCCGGUUGCGCGGUACAUCGCCGUUGUGUCAGUGACAAUCGCGCGUGCGAGUGUGCGACCCGUGCCCCGUGCGACCGCAUCGCGCAGCGCUCGCCGCAUCAUCUCUUAGACGGCGUCGUCGUCGUCGUCAUCGUGGUCGUGGUCGUGGUCGGGGGUUGUAGUGGUGUUGAUGGUGGUCGUUCCUGUUGUCCCGUGCGAGACGGUGUAAAUCACGCACAUAUCUCCGGAUUCCGAUAUAAUCUCAAUUACGUGCCGCCGGCGUGAGGACGCCGUCGAGUCGGCAAAAUGGUUCACGCGUUUCCUCGCGAGUUUUUCUAACCCCCUCCUCCGUUGCUGUUUACUGCUGCUCCGCAAGAGCGAGACGCGAUUUGGUUAGGUUGCUCUCGCGAGUCGAGGUUGCCCGCGCGAAUUCUAUGACACCGGAACGCCGCCGUCGCGCCUGCUUCCCGCGGCGGUCCACGUUGACGAUGUGACGCGCCGUCGGGGUCUGCGAUUUUCUUUCGCGUAAUCCCGUAAUGGAUAACGUGAUGGCGAACCUCGAUUUCGACGCGGAGCAGUUUGAGCGGAGGCUCUUCACGCUGAAGGACUCGCAGGAGUCCAUCCAGGGCCUUUCCGCGUGGUGUUUGGAUAGACGGCAACAUCACAAGAAAAUUGUUGCCACGUGGUUGCAAGUUUUAAAGAAAGUGAAAGUUGAACAUCGGCUCACGUUGUUCUAUUUGGCAAACGACGUUAUUCAGUACUCGAAGAGGAAGAAUUUCGAGUUUGUGGAGUCAUGGGGUACAUUUCUGCAACGCGCGACACCCAUGGUUCGCGACGAGAAAGUAAAACAUCGCAUAUUGAGGAUCUUCAAAAUUUGGGAUCAACGGCAAGUCUACGACGAAGAGUUCCUCGCCGAUCUAUCUGGCUUGAUUUCGGCAGCACCAAAAAAGAAAUUGGAUCCCCAGCCAUCCACACAGCCCGAAGAGUUUCAGGCGGCGUUACUCAUCUCCACGAUGAGGUCUUGCGCAACUCUGGAGCAAGCUACCGACGCUAGACUGCGCGAUCUUCGGGAGAGUAACAUAGAUAUAGAAUCUGCAGAGGAGUUACGUGCAUCACUAAAGGACAGGAGACGCAUGGAGGAUGCGGAAAAAGAGAUAGAUAUUGUCGCUAGGAACGUCGAGAAUUAUGUUAAAUCGUUAGAAGCAGAAAUUGGAGAAAGGAAACAAGUACUUGAGUUGUUGGAGCAAGCAGAUCAGUUUUAUGAGACUCAACGUGGAGAAGUUAAAAUAGUGACAAAUGCGUAUCGGAAUUUUGGCAGUCGUGUCAAAAAUUUAAAGAAAAAACUGGACGAAUUACUGCCUACAUUUGUCUCGCCUAUACCGUCGCCGGACAUAAAUGCACCUUCGCCAAGUCCUGACAGUGAUAUAGAGCUACCAGGAGAUGAGCCAGUGAACAAUCAGUCUGAAAUGCUCGAUGUAGCACCACCAUCUCUUUAUGGUUCUUAUUCUCACGAGUAUGAUCCUACACCUGUACCUGCGCCUGAUAUGGUGCAAGGCAAUGAAUCAACAGAUUUCACCAAUAAUUUCCCUUCCUUUAUAGGAGGAAAUGUAGACUUUGGUAACAUGAGAAACUUGUUUAAUGAAAACUCUGAGGCACCUGGAAUGCCUCAGCAGUACAAUGAGUCUUUAGAGGCAAAACCAAUAGAAGUAAUCAAUAUGAGACCUUCGAAAAAUGAUAAGAACAAUGCGGACUUCAAUGUGUCGAUUUUUCUGAAGACUGUUCUUCCAUCUUCCGAUGGAACGUCAGAUUCGGGGGGAAUUCCAGGUUUAGGCCUGGACGUUUCCGAAAAUCGAGUGGAAUCGCCGCAACGUCCCAACUAUAGACAUUCACCUUCGUUAGGACCAGUGACGCCGGUGAUCUCAAGAAUGAUAGGCAGUCAGGGCACACCAUCCCUCGGUGGAGGCAGUGGUUUAAACAAUUGCCAGAUGAGUCAUAGCACUCCGUUAUCGGUUCGCAAUCUGUCCGAAUCACACACUCCUUCUCCGUAUUCCAGUCAAAAUAGUCAAAGUAAUAUAACUGGUUCCUUUGAUGGUCCUUCCAAUGCCAACACAGUUGUUAAUCCUUUACCUCCCCCACCCUUACCGCCGCCUAUCUUUCUCGAUGAUGAGAAUUGUUACAACAAGUUGCCUCCGAAAUUUCCCACAUGGACGCCACCGAACGAGGGUAUUAAAGACGCGGCCAAAUGGGAGGAAAAAGCAAAUUUUGUUACAUGUACAGGCAAGAACAGCAUGAAUCCCACGUGGCCUGGCGAAAGUGACGAUAAAACCAAACCUUCGUGGAUGGAUGGCGAUGGAGAUAGAUGGGACUCCAAUAACGAUUCCACAUGGCCGGUCGGCGGCAGGACGAAAAAUGAUAUGCUAUCCGAGACUCCCGAAUCGCCGCCUAUGUAUGAGAAAGCUGGUUUCGCCGAACCAGUAGAAUACAACGAACCACAACCACAAGAAUCUCUAAAUACCACUGGAGAUGUGGAUCAUAGAGUGAUUCCAAUCCCAAUGACGCGUGAGAAUCAGCUACCGUAUCGUUUGAUGAAAGCGGCAGAUGUAGAUCAUCGUAAUUUGAUUAGCCUCACUGGUAGUCCGGCAAAUCACCACAAUGUUAGUGACCCCUCAGUGUCUUCUAUAUCCAACAACAACAAUCUAUGGUCUACAGGCGAUCAGGAUUAUCGGCGACACAUGCAACCUGGCGACAUUGUCGAGAGUGUUGACAUGGAAAUGUCAGAUGAUGAGACCGAUAGCAAGCCAAAAGGCGGCAGGGUUCUCGUCGAUCUCAGGUUGCAGGAUCGCGACAUGCGUGUUGGUGCACCGCCAUCGUCCCAUCACGACAUGGAUAUGCGUAUGAUUCCUCUUCCCGUCGAACAAAUGCCCGGUCCGCGCGAUAAUCAGCUCAUGCAAGAUAUACACUUGAUGCGUUCGGGACCACCUCCACCGCCACCUCUACCGCCAUUUCAGCACCAAACUCAAAGUGGUUUCCGGCAAGAGCAGCCGGAAUUUCUUCAUUGUAAACAGCCGAUAGAAUUUCAUCCAAAUCAACCAAAGUUUCAGCAGAAUAGACCACCCAACUUUCUUUCACGAAAUCAACAGGACUUUCAUUCAAAUCAACAAGAAUUUCGUCCGCUUCAUCAAUCACAGCAAGAUUUUGAAUAUUGUGACAGAGAACACAAUAUUCGUUCUAAGCAAGAUUUUUUGGCGGAAUCACCAGGACGUGGGAGAUACUCGCAAUUGACGGAUCAUCAGCAUCACGACAAUUCAUCUUUUCAUAGAAAUGAGUGGAACAAUCGCGGUGGUGGAAACCGUAGUUUUCCGAGAAACCGCCGUGAUAGAUAUUCGGAAGAUCACAAUGUACAAAAGCAACGGAAUAAUCUGAUGAACAGUCGCAAGUCGAGAUCGCAGGAUCAGCAGCAACAUCAUCAGUUACAACCACCUGACACCACUAUUAUCUUUGACGAGGAGGGUAUGCCGAUUGGUAUGCCUGAAUUUGAUCAGGAUAAUAACACGCUGACUAAUAAAGUGAACAUUCAAGCAGAACCGGAACACGAUUCCGAUAAUUGUCCGAGCUCUUCGAUAUCACGUGCACGACGGACUUCGCAUGAUAUGUCGAGUUCUCACGAUCCUAAAUGCAACCAGCAACAGCAGGAUUAUCAAUCCGAUCACGAGCAGCAGACUUCAUCUCUGGUUGAGUCGAAAGACCAGCCAUCGAUAAAUCAAAUGACGGUUAUUCCGAUAAGGGUGGAUAACGCCGGCGAUGAAUCGCAGCAAAAGCAGCACGUUCCUAUUUCAGAAUGUGAGGAGCACAUCGAAUUGACUGAGCAUUCUAAUCUCGCCGAGACGACAAAUGUGACUGACAAUGAGCCAAAUAAUCCAGGACAGAAUAUAAAUUCUUCGGAAAAGGAAUUAUUAAAUGAGUCAUUAAGUUCGACCACUUUAGGUAAAGAGCUGAAGAGAACGGCGAACGGCAAUUGCGAUGAGCAAAGUCACGAAGAAGGAAGCUCCAACAAAAAAAGACCUCUUUUGCAAAAUGGGCCGCAAAUGCUAAAUGAUGAUUUGUCUGGUCCGAACGGUCCCACACCGACAAUGGAAUCGCAUCCCGCUAUGUUAUAUGAAUACGAUGGUCCAAACUUUCGACCGCGCAUUGGCGCCCCUUUUCCGAUUUGGCGAGGCGGACCUCCUCCUCCUCCUCCUCCUCCUCUUCCUUCUAGAGGAGGCAGAGGAGGUUUCAGGGGUGGACCCCCUGUGGGACUACCGCGAGGUCCCUGGAUGGACAGGGGGCCACGCGGCCCUGCACCUGGCAACUUCUCGCCGAGAGGAUUGAAACGCGGAGGCAAAUUUUGGGGCGGCGGUGGUUUCAGAGGCCGGGGACGAGGCAGUAACUGGUAGAUAAAGCGAAAAAACUUUGAAAGACUCGACGACUGUUGUCGUAAUCCAAUCAGACACAUGCGAAGCAUUCUGCGUUUCGCUUUGUAAAUAAAUGAACCGACACACUUUGGCAUUCACGUGCUCGUGAAUUUAACAUAUACACAUACAUGCGUGCAUUUACACACCAGACACACACACACACACACACACACACACACACAGAAACUUAAGAUAUACAUAUAUAAAAAUAGGACAGAUUUGAUUAGUUUCGAACAGUGAUCUUCAGUAAUGGAGAUUCUUCUAUGCGAUUGAUUCGCCUUUAUAAAUAUAUAAAUAACAAACUAUACAUAUAGAUACAUAUACAUAUACAUAUACAUAUAUAGAUAUAUGCAUAUUUAGUACAUGUUCGUUAAAAUCUUAACGAGUGUUAUCGAAGCGGCUUGUGUUCGCAUACAUGUAUAUAUACACAAAUGUGCUAUUAUCGAGUUCAGUAAAUAAUGAUUAAGGGCAACGUAUAAUGAAUCUGAACGUGAUACGUCGCUCGUAAUCGUUGCGGUAAUGACCACAACAGUCGGUACUCCCAUAAUUUUAUGUUAGGAAGAUUUGUGUUGUUUAUGUAUGCGCAGAGAACGACUGUAACGAUAAAUUCGCUGUUUCGUAAAGGAAGACUGCCUUGAGGUCGACCAUCAGAAAUUGCAAAAAAUCACGAUAGUUAAUUGACAACAGUUAAUUGGUAAUAUUGGUCGAUUGGAACUGAGCGUAAUUUCAUUGAGUUUAAAUCUCUAUAUUGUAGAUUUACGAGAAUGAUCGUUAUGAGAUGAUUGGCAGAAAAUGAACUUUUCCUCUUCGAAAUUACGGCAGUUUCAAUUUUUGAUUAAUAAUAUGUGUUUUUGACCCGAUCGCUAUGAUCUAUAUUCCACGAGUCUUCUAUUAUUUCCUUUCCUCGUCCACUUUCAAAAUAACAACUGCAAUCACUUGUUUUCCCCCGCAUAAACUUUUAACCCAUCUGUUUUUGAUCGAGGUUCAUUAUAAGAGAAGAGAAAAAGGAAAAAUAAAAAAAACAGUCGUGUCAAUGAACAUUUUUAAGGUGUACUAAUAAAAUACAAUGUUUACGUUCUGGUCCGCUUCGUACAUUUUCCCUGUUAUUUUUCGUUUAUAUUCGUAGAUGAUAAAUGUUUUUUUUUUCAUAGUUAUUCAAGGAAAAAAAACGUCAAUAAUUAAUCCGUUAAUAAUCUCAAUCGAAAGCGACUUGUUUUGUGUUGCGAAAAUUAUAGAAUCAAAAAAUGUUUCGUUUUAACUAUCGGUUCGAGAUGUUCGAUAGGCUGACAAUUAUAAGAUGCUCUUGUAAAUGCUCUUAUAAUUAAUAUUUUUCUGAUUAUGAUCGAAAAGAAGAUUAUAAACCGAAUAAGACUUUAAUGCUGGAACGAUACGCUUGCUUUAUUAGCCUUUCGCAAAAUUCUUUAUUAUUUUAUAAUUGCUAUUCAAACAUCACAAAUUGUUAAUCGCGAAUUUCGAAUUCUUGUUUAAAAGUCCUUAGAAAAUGAAAUAAUUUUAAUUUUUAUUAGAUCCCUUCAAAAAGGAAUUAAUUUUAAUUUUUAUUAAGUUCUUCAAAAAUUAAUUUUUAUUAUAUCUGGUACGAACAGUACAUUUAUUCUCUACUCAAUUUUACAUUAUGUUAUAUAGUUGAUUUUAUAUUGUAUUAAAGGCAAGCGAAUCAUUAUGGCAUUUGAAUCUAGUGUAACAAGCGUAAAAAAACCAAAAUUUUUCUCUCUCUUUCUAUCACUUACUCUGUUUAAUAAAAUGGUAUCGAGGACCUCUCUUUCUCUCUCUCUCUCUCUCUCUCUCUCUCUCUCUCUCUCUCUCUCUUUUUCUCUCUUUCUCUCUCUCUCUCUUUAACUCUCACGUUUGAUCGACGAAACUGUUCUCUCGUUCUCGACGACGCCGUUUUACCGACGCACGCAGGCCAUCAUUCGUGACUCGUAAAUGUAUUGUUACGAUUAUUGAGAGAACGUAAAACGUACACAUAUAAAUCUAUACCAUUUCGAUAUUAUAUUUGACCUGUCGUAUUUCCUUCUUUCUUUUUUUUUUCUUUGUGAGGAUCGUGAUCUCAAUAUGCAUUGCAUUCUUCUCCUUUGAUUUCUUCCGCACGUGAUUGUAGAAAUCUGAGGAAAAGAUGCGAUUUAUUGAUCCGUUUUAUAGUUCGCUAUUUGUUUCGUUCCUUUUCAACAUCGUAGUAAUGGCGAUUAAAUUAAAUUAGUUCAUCGGUCAGUGAGCAAAAACGAAGACUAUAUUGUACUACAUCACGCGGGGUAGAUCGGUAGGGAGAAAGGGAAGGAGGGGGUGAAAAUGUGGAACACGCGCGUGGAAUGUGCGGCCGCAAUGUAAUUUUAUGAAUAGGAUAGCAAUAUUCAAAAUAUUUUCGGAAAUCUUGCGUCUUGUUCUUACAUAGCAUAUGUGUUGAGCAAUUGUAUGAAACUAAUAUUUUCGAAAGAUGUAGGAUAUAUCAGAAGAUAUAUUUACGAUAUAGGCUGUCUCGGAUAGGUGUAAAUUAGUAAUAAGAUUUUAUCCCCAUGAUAUAUGUACAGUUCACCAUUUUUUUCAUUUAUUAAAAAAAAUAAAGUCACACAAUUUUUCUUUCUUUUAAA